AUGGCAAUAGAUACAGAAAAGAAAAUAAAGCUUAAGAGAGAACUUGGGUAUUUCUGGGGGACAAAUUUUUUAAUUAUUAAUAUAAUCGGUGCAGGAAUUUUUGUGGCCCCCAAAGGAGUGCUGGAGUACUCUUCCAUGAAUGUGGGAUUCUCUUUGUGUGUUUGGGCUGUCUGUGCAGUGCUAGCUCUGACCAGUACUCUCUGCUUUGCAGAGGUAGGGAUAACCUUCCCAUGCACUGGAGCCCACUACUAUUUUAUCAAGAGAUGCUUUGGCCCCUUCCCUGCAUUCCUGAGACUUUGGACCUCCUUGUUUCUGACGCCAGGAGUAGUUGCUAGCCAAGCUCUGCUACUUGCUGAAUAUGGCAUCCAGCCUUUCUAUCCCAUCUGCUCUACCCCAAAUCUACCCAAAAAAUGUCUGGCCUUAGCUGUGCUGUGGAUUGUGGGAAUUCUGAAUUCUCGAGGUGUGAAAGAACUCUCCUGGCUUCAGACAGUGAGCACGAUGCUGAAAAUAGGCAUACUCAGCUUAAUUUCCUUUAGCGGGCUGUUCAUGCUCCUGAGAGGGAAGAAGGAGAAUGUGGGAAGGCUUCAGAACGCGUUCGGCACUGAGACUCCAGAGGUCUCCCGGCUAAUAGAAGCUGUCUUCCAAGGAUACUUCGCGUUUUCUGGUGGGGGAUGCUUUACGUUUGUAGCAGGGGAGAUAAAGAAGCCCAGUAAAACAAUUCCUAGAUGCAUAUUUACGGCAAUGCCUCUUGUAACUGUGGUGUAUUUACUUGUUAAUAUUUCCUACCUGACGGUCCUGACCCCCAGGGAAAUUGUCUCUUCAGAUGCUGUGGCUCUUACAUGGACUGACAGAGUCAUCCCUCAGUUAACAUGGACCAUCCCUUUUGCUAUUUCUGUUUCAUUGUUCAGUAAUCUUGUGGUUAAUGUACUGGAGUCAGCAAGAGUGCUGUACAUUGCGAGCCACCAAAGCCAGCUGCCAUUGGUGUUUGGUACCCUAAAUGUUCACUCCUCCCCCUUCUCAGCUGUGCUACUGAUUGUCAGCACGGCAUCCAUUGCAAUUGUCUUAACAAAUCUACUUGAACUGAUAAACUAUCUCUAUUUUGUUGUUUCCAUUUGGACUUCCUUAUCAAUAAUAGGAAUCCUGAAACUGAGGUACCAGGAGCCCAAUCUACACAGACCAUAUAAGGUGUUUUUACCGUUCACAUUCAUAGCACUGACCAUCACCCUGUGCUUGGUUUUGAUUCCCCUUGUCAAGUCUCCCAAGAUGCAUUAUAUCUAUGUGCUCCUCUUCCUUCUCAGUGGAGUGUUCUUUUAUGUGCCAUUGAUACACUUUAAGUUGAAGCUGGUUUGGUUUCAGAAGCUGACUUGCUAUCUGCAGUUACUCUUUAAUAUUUGCAUCCCUGAUGUGUCUGAUGAGCACAUACCAGAAGUAGAAAAUUGA